UCCUAAUAAAAAAUUACCCAUUCGCUGGUUUCUACUUUUCUGUUUCUCAGAGACUCAGACGGUCAGACCCUUCUUCUUGAUGGUCAAUUGAGCUCGAGGAAGAGAGAGAAAGAAGUAAAAAUGGCGCAGCAAAGUAGUGGGAUUCCUCUGAUUGAAGUCUACUGGUCUUUGGUUGAUAAAGCUGAUAAGAAAUUUUCUAAGAUUAGGGACUUACCCCUUUAUGAACGCAACAGGUUUGACACUUAUUUUUACAAAGUAUUCAAAGUCUAUACAGAGUUAUGGAAGUUUCAACAAGAAAAUCGGCAGAAGCUGGUAGAGGGUGGACUCAAAAGAUGGGAGAUUGGUGAGAUUGCUUCUCGAAUUGGUCAGCUUUAUUUUGGACAAUAUAUGCGCACAAGUGAGGCAAGUUAUUUGUCAGAAUCAUAUGUUUUCUAUGAAGCAAUACUGACAAGGGAAUAUUUCAAGGAGGGUUUGUUUCAAGAUCUUAAUCUUACAAAUAAGCAAUUGAGAUUUUUUGCUAGAUUCAUUUCAGUAUGUCUACUACUGAAUCAUCGACAUAUGGUUCAUCAGUUGGUUAAUCACUUAAAGAUUUUGCUUGAUGAGUGCAAGCGGACUUUACAGGAAGCUAACUUCAGAGAAUGGAAGCUGGUGGUCCAAGAAAUAGUUAAAUUCCUAAAAGCUGACACCAAUUUUUUGAACAUCAGGCCUUUGAGAUACAGUCUUGUUCUUGAUCCUCAUCCAGACACUCUACCACAUGUUUCAUCACAAAACCCAAAGAGAAAUCUAAGAUUACGAGAUGCGAUACUUAGUAGCUACCAUCCUAAUGAGGUAAAAUAUUCAGAGCUUACUCUUGACACUUACAGAAUGCUCCAGAGUCUGGAAUGGGAGCCUUCUGGUGCAUUCUAUAAUUCAGGAAGUGGUGCAGGUCAAAAUGGAACAACAAAAACCAGUGGCAGUAACUACACACAAGAUAUAACUGAUCCAACCUUGCCAUCUAAUCCACGGAAAGCUAUCCUGUAUCGCCCUUCUGUGACACAUUUCAUUGCGGUUCUGGCCACAGCUUGUGAUGACCUUCCUUCCGAUGGUGUUCUCUUCAUCUAUUUGUCAGGGAAGAGUGGACCGGUUUUCUCAUCUUCCUCUGGCAGUCGUCUUGGUUCCGAGAGCAGUGUCAAGAGCCUUCCAUCUCAGACCACCUUGCAAGAAACUCCUAUGAUUGAUGGUCAAAGCCAUUUAUCUGCACAAGGCAAAGAAGUUCUCUCAAACAGCCACUUAGACUGCAUACAUAUCGGGUCCCGUGGAAGUGAAGGCUCCAAUUUCAUCUACCCUUCUGACUUGCUUCCAUUUACAAGAAGGCCGCUCUUCAUCAUCAUUGACAGUGAGAGCAGUGGGUCAUUCAAGAGUAUAAGUGGUACAGAAAAAGGAGAACCAGCUGCUAUGCUCUUGUCUCCAAGGUCUUCACCGCCAACUUCUGCUGGUGAGUGGUGCUGGCAUUUGAACGGGAGCCUAUUUACUAUCUUUCUCACAGCUCCCAUCCAGGCAUUCUGUCUGCUGCUGGGAAUUUCUGGAUCUGACAUUCAAUUGGAUGUGUACGAAAAAGCAGACAAGCUUCUUUCUUCUGCUUUAAAUGAAUGGGGUUUGAGUUUAGCAACAUCAGGCUCACUUGAUCCUGUUUGGUCCCAAGUUUUCUGUGAUCCAUUUCUCAGACGACUCCUACUUAGAUUCAUAUUUUGCCGUGCUGUGAUUUCCCUUUAUGUUCCUACUUGCAAGGAGGCUGAAUUCAUUCCCCAGUGCUUGCCUUCUCUCCCAGAAUAUGUGCAUCCUACGUCAACUGCUAUUCAGUCUACAAUUCUGCAAAUUGCAAAUAUUUUCGAUGCUUCAAGCAGUUUCAUCGUUUCAGGGGAUGUCGUAUCACUUGAAAGCAGCCACAUUUCUGAAGACUAAAUGUCAUCUCGAAGCAUUUAGAAUGUGCUCAUCAAGGACAUAACAUCAUAAUUUGGCCCUCAGGCCUGCCAUUUUUUAAUGCUUUAAAAGGGUGCCUGCAUCUCCUCUGUCUGUCUCCUCUUGUCUGUUUUCCUAUCUUUAGCCUGCUGCUUCUUGCUCUUAGUCUCACCUUCUCUUUUCUACGCGGAUUUUGUUCGAGGUUGGAAUUGAGCCUUCUAUUUCAAGGACCACUUGCUAAGGAAGGACCGAAACUGUGCAUAAACUUAACUGGCAAUUCGGGCAAAUGGGUUGUGUUCGUGCUUGGCCUCAUGGCGACUUCAGACUGUUCUCAAGAUAUAUCGAAAUCUAUAUAUAAAGUAGGAUGCUUCCAUAAUAUGACAAAUUGACCUAAUCGGGUCAAGUUAGGGUUGGUUUCUUCUUCGUGUCGAGUUAGAGAUUUACAGCUCCAACACUCCUCUUAUGGCAGGUCCAACAGAUUGAACUCAAACAGUAGCUGUAUCGCCUGUAUGCAUAUCAGUCUCUUUUGUGCUUAGCCUGACGGCCGGUUGUUCCAGGUCAGGCCAUUGCUCCAUUGGCUCCUAUAUUACUUAGUGUCGAGUGUUGACCGUUGUUGGCAACUUUCAAACUACUAACUGCAAGUUAUUAGGGUUUGAUAUAUCAGCAAGUCUGUAUUCAUCCAGAUGUUCAUAAUUCUUGUAUUAGUGCAUAUGCUCCUUUAUCUUCCAUUUUUCUUUUCCUUUUUGUAUUGUUCCUGUCGCCAGAUUGAACAUGUAUAUUCCCUUAAGCCUUGUGUCCCAAAUUACAUGUCUUUCUACUUAGGUCAUACUCAUAGGUGCUUUGUAUUGUAAUUUCAUUCUAAAUUCUCGCGUUUGCUUCAUGAUAACAUUAUAGGUCCAUCUUUUAAAGAAAUUAACUAGUAUUUGGGCCCGGACGUUGUCCCAGGUUGGUA